UGGGAGUGGAGCACUUCACUGAGCACAGUCCGUGGACCUAAACGUGCUUGCACUCAUUUGUCUGACACAAUGCCUUUUUGGAGGGAUUGAUGAUCCACUGCUGCAGUAGGCCUGCUGGACUGGUCUUUUUACCUCUGGGAAGGGAGCAAAAAGCAGAAUCUAAUGCCGUCAGUCUGGGUUCUUAUUGAUGCAUGGGUAACUCUGAACAUGAGUAAGGAGGAGCUGUGGGACGGGGGGCGGUCGUGUCUAGCGGAAGCUCCCUCGCAUACCACUGCCUGCGCAGUUGCCUGGAUUUGCGCUUUGCAAGGAAAGCAGUAAUGGGAUUGUGUCUGAGUGAGUAAAAUGAGCCGGAUGAACCUGCAACAAAACAGAUCUGACGAGAUGCAGCAGACAACACCGCAUCCUGUGGAGGCAUUUUCUUUCCAUUGCUAUUAUCAACUUAGUGACAAUAAUGGUGUUUUUGCUAAAGUUGAUCCGUCAAAGAUAUUCAUGCCUGAUGAACAAAAUUGAUGCGACUGCCAUGCAAACCAAAUGUGAGGUUAUGUGAAGCUGCAGAAGGGAAAAUCCUUUUUGAACUCCAGAAUGUCUGAUACCAUAGUCUCCCUGUCCAACAACCAAGUUAAGUGCACACGUCCUCUGCUCCGCAUAGAGGCCCUCGCCCCUCCAAGUCAGUCCAGCGUCUCGUCGCCUUCACCUGACUCCAACGGCAGUGUUUCAGACCUCAGUGACAGAGAAGCCAACAGCUCUCCUGAUAUCAACAUACCAAAAUGCUGCCUCAGCAACGGCACCUUUGUGGAUGACUCUUGCAACACCGCCCUACCACAGGAUAACAUAUUCUGUGGAGCAAGCAUGAACCUAAACCAAACUUUUAUUGCCACACCAGUUGAUGGCAGUGGGAAUUUCUGGAAUGAGAACUUGAGUCUGAUGAGCAACCGUGAGACUGGAUUAGAUGAGUACCAAACUGUCAAUAAAGACACUCGAGAUAGAAAUGGCAGUGCAGUGACUUCUCCAGACUCUGCUGGGAGGGAAAGCCGACUGAGUUCAGGUGAGACUUCCCAAGGGGGAUCCACUGAGAAUGACUGCUGCUCCCUGAGCUCUGGGGAAAUGUUAAUAAGGAGCAACAGUCAUGGUCAGGAUCAGUCCCUCUUGGUAGUCUCGUUCCUGGAUGAGUCAUUUAUUCCUCUGGCUGCGGGCCAUCCAGAAUCCCCUGCUGAACCUAACCUACUGUCUACUACUCUGCCGGAUGUCCUUGAAAAAUUCACUGAAAGAGUCACUGAAGAGAACACAGACUACUCAUGUCUUGGCAUGACAUUCACUCAGGCAGACCUUCCCACUGAGAAAAGCGAUAUGGCAACAUCCAACUCUGUAACUCUGCCAAGUGAGAAUGAGGACGGUCUUCUGAUGACCUUUCUCUGUGAACCGUCUCCUGCAGAUUGUGGAACAGAGGUGCCGUUUGCUAGUGUUGACGCAGAGCUGGUGCCUUGUCUCCCUGGAGUAUUUACACCAGAACAAGGCACGACCUUACUGUCUACUCUGUCAGCUACACAACAAACUGAUUUAGAUAUUCAUACUUCCACUCCAGUGCAACCUGGUAGCCUGAUGCCCAGCCUCCCAUCCUUCCCAGAGUCUCCCUGCACUGGAAAUGCCUACAGCCCAGUACUCCACACUCCACAGCAGCAAGUCUCUGUGACUGCUAACGGUUUGGUUGCAGGACUGUCGUCUUCCGUCAGCAAAGUCAAGAAAAUGGAAAUUAAUAAGUUUCCCAAGUCAAACUUCAGCAGUGUAAAAUCUAAAGUAACAAAAAGUAUGCAUCGAAUGUCAGUGUCAGUCCCUGCUUUGGUGGUCAAACCAUCACAAGCAAACAUGAACAACAAACGCAUUGUAGCACAAAGCAAAGCACCUAUCAAGAGUAGUCCUGCCCGGUUUAGGAGUAGUGCUGCAAUUCUCUCUACCACCACCGACAUGGUCAAUGAUGCUCAAAGACUAGUAAACACAGAGGCUGCUAAUUUGGGCAAAACCAUUAUACAGUCUGUAAAUAGUGCUGUGGAUGAACCAGGGACGAGUAGUGAAUCCCCACAUUACCAACGUCCAGUUGCAAAUAAACAUGCUUCAGCAGUCCAAUGCAGUGACCCCAUCUCUGAAGCAGAACAGACCACCUCAGACCAAGUAGCAGACACUGCGGCGCUGCGUCCUGCCAACCAGACUCUUUGCUUCUCGUCCAUGAGAAAAAAAACAAAUAUAAGGGGCCAAACCGAUCCCAAACCAACUCCAAAAAAGGGCGUGUUAAACAAAUUUGACCUCAGGUCCGACUCUGCUUCAGGCAAGCACAAGCCUCCGGUGCUGAAGAUGCGGACUCGCUGUUCGUCGGACAGCUUAUCAUCGUCAUCUCGACAGUCUGACAUCCACGUGGGCCUGACCAAAGGGAACCUGAGCGGCUCUUCUCUGAAUAAACUGACCACAAAUGCACCGUCUAAAAUCUCCCCAAGAGAGGUUACGAGGAUCAGCCUGGUAGCAGAGUCCAGCAAAUCCACAUCAGCGGGAGUCUCCUCAGAUGAGAGUAGGAGCAGAUUUUGGGGACAGCCAUCUCCUAGACAAUCAAGGGGAACACCACAUUCACAACCUCCAGCUGCCAGUCCCAGAACAGCCAAUAUGACCAGCAGGCGGUGGCAGGUAGCCCAAUCGAGGGAUGAGAACAGGACCUCCAAAGCUGUAGGUACCCCACAGUCCAAGCAGAAGAGCAGCAUGGGCAGUCAGAGAGGACCGGCAACACGAGAGCCAUCCCUUGGAACUGCCUCAACAAGUAUUAAGCCUCAACUACACGGAUCCCGACCUCCUCAUACUCCGACUCGACCUUCCCUCAUGGGCCCUCCCCCUACUCCUUCUAGACUACCGCGCAGGACCUUGGGCCCAUCCGGGACUCUUGCUGAGGCCAGUGUUUACACUGAGCCGAGCAAAGGCUCUGGAAGUUUACAUGUUUCUGGAAGACCUCCGCAUAAACCAUCCCCUUUCAAAACUGUGCUGAAAGCUAGACUCAUCACAACCCCUGGAAAAAACAUUGGGCCAUCUUUGGCCACAGCAUGCAAACCUGCUGCUCUCAUCGGCAAAGGAUCUUCAAAUUCUUUAUUCGGUUCUCUGAAAAGAAGCGCUUCUGCAAGACUACUUCGUCUCACUUCAAGUGAACCAGUGGACAAGAGCAAACCCAAGGCCACCUCCCGCCAGCAACCGCCCCAGCAGCAAGCGUCCCAACCCAACCAGCAGAGUGGACCUCCGGAUGUGGUGCCAGCGAGUGUCGCCGAGGGUGAGGAGAAGGACCAAAGACUGCAGCAGCUUACGGCACUCCUGGCAGCUAGCAACUGCAGAUUUCAGGCUGUCGCCAUCGUCUUGCAGCAAACGUUGUCUGAGCGUGAUGAAGCAACAAAGCAGAGCAGCGACCUUUGCCAGGAGCUGGCCAGCCUCCGAGGAGAGCUGGUUUGCUCCGUCCAUUCAUCUGAACGCCUGGAGCAGGAGAAGGAUGAGCUGCGUGUUGCUCUGCAGGAUGCACUGCAAAAACUGCAGGAGAAACACCGCGACGACAUGGUCGAGCUGGAGCAGAGGCUUCAGGAUUUCUACCAGGCUGAGUGGGACAAAGUCCACCUCACCUACCAGGAGGAGACUGACAAGUGCAAGACUCUCAUGCAACAGCAGUUGGAAGAGCUUAAAGCCAAUCACGAAGCCAUGAAGCUGGAACUAGGGAGCAGCCAUGCAGAACAGCUGCAGUCUGUUAAACAGCAGUAUGACGUAUCACUGGAAGAGCUCAGCAAAGUCCACAACCAGGAGCUGCAGUCUCUGGAAAAAACUCUUAAGGAGACGGGAGCUGCUCUAUCUGGACGGAUCGAAGAGCUCACUGUGGAGAACAAUGCCCUGAUUGAGAAGCUAGCUGUGGUAGAGAACAGGAAGAAACCGCUGCCCGAAACGAGCCAGGUGUCCCCUCAGAAGGACUCCCACACGCUGUAUCUGGAACAGGAGCUGGAGAGCCUCAAGGUGGUACUGGAUAUCAAAAACAAACAGCUGCACCAGCAGGAGAAGAAAAUGAUGGAGAUAGCCACACUGACCGAGAAAAAUGUGAAGUUGGAUGAAAGCCUUAAGAAGGUGCAGCAGGAGAAUGAGGACCUCAAAGCCCGACUGGAAAAACAUUAUACACUGUCAAGGCAACUGUCGACGGAGCAGGCGGUGCUGCACGAGUCCCUCCACAAGGAGUCCAUAGUGAACAAGCGUCUGUCCAUGGAGAACGAGGAGCUGAUCUGGAAGCUCCACAAUGGAGACCUGAGUAGCCCACGCAAGGUGUCGCCAACCUCCACCUCCCAGUCCUUCAACCUUCAAUCUCCUCACAGCCCAGGCGCGUUGUCCAGCCCCACGGUCUCACCCAGAUAACGAUGGUCCCCUGCUUCAAGGAAGCACACGCCGUCUUUGGACUUCUCCCAUCUGGAAUUAAAAGCCAUGUUUGUUUCCCGUUUGUUUAGCAACACCACAGCCUGACUUUGGCCCCUUCAGGAUUGGAUGAACUCUGACACUUUUUGUACAGACACUGCAGACCGUAAAAGAAAAUUUAAAAUAGUUGCACAGAUGCACUUAAUAAACAAGGUCACCUUGUUUUUCUGCCUUUCACAUCUGGUACUAUAGAGGGGGGUGAAGGAAAUCUCAGGACUUCUAAGUGAUGAUACACUAUUGUUGUUGUUUGUUGACAGAGACUUGUCUGCCCUGAAGCUAAUCGCACUCACACAGUCCAUGCAGUAAGAGACCCACUAAUGCUUGCAUGUCAACACGUGCGAUGCAGCCCUUGUUCUUUCUGUCUCUGGAGGUCACAGCCAUUGAAAGUCUGAAUUCAGAGUAGUUGUGAAUACGGAUAACAUUGCCGCCACUCGGGCGCAUUUCAUUCAAAAUGUGCAUGAAAUAUUGAAUUUCUCCUGUUGAUUCCUCACAGCUCACUGUAAGCGUGAUAUUCAAAUGGCCACGUCUCUCUCAUCCUGCUGUCCUCCGUGCACCCGGGCUGUGCAGGUCUCAAUCUUUGUUCACAAUAUCUUCGAGGUUAUGUUGAGGUUUUUUUUUUUUUUAAUGGUUAAGGUUAUUUUUUUCUUUUUGUUACACCUUUCUUGUCAGAUUAUACUUAAUCUGCUGCCUCAAACGUGUUUUGUGUUCCACCGCUGUUUGUUUGACCAAGGGACCAAUCCGAGUCUUUGCAUGUGUUUGCGUCUUGGUAAUCGCCCCGUACCGAACCCUCGUAAUGCAGCUUUAGAGAUGGGGUCUACAGCCUCUGCUUGUACAUUUUCCGAGACACUGCAAUGUCUCCGACAGAGAUUAUUUUGUUCGGAGUUGAUAUUAUUUUUGUCUUGACUCUUUUUGAAAUAUGCAAAUAAAGUAUUGUAUUAAA